GUGAAGGCCGAGCCUGCCUGCGACGUGGGGUCGCGGGUCGGGCUGGACGCCAAGAGCGCCGAGUGGCUCGCCGACCACAACGUGCAGAGCGAGGUGCGCACGCUCAGCGCGGCAUGCCACCGGUCCCUCCUCCCCCUCCUCGGCGUCUGCUUGGCGCCGGCGAGAGCGUGCCUCGUCUACCCCCUCUGCCGCGGCGGCAGCCUCGAGGACCGCCUCUACCGCGCUCCAGCCGCGCUGCAGCGGCUCCGCAUGCUCGGCUUCGAGACGCCGCUUCCGCCGCUCUCCGCCGCCGCACGGCUCCGCGUGCUGCGCGACGCAGCGAGCGCGCUGCACUACCUGCACACGCUCUCGCCCAUGAUCCUGCACCGCGACGUCUCGGCGGGCAACAUCCUGCUCGACGAGCGCGGCAACGGCUACCUCGCCGACGUGGGCCUCGCGCGCGCGGCAGAGGCGACGGCCGGCGGCAACCAGCGGGUGUCGCACCUGUCGACGCAGCGCCUCUUCGGCAAGCUAGGGUACAUGGACCCGAUCAUAUCGCAGAGCGGGCAGGCUUCGCAGCUGACCGACGGCUACGCGCUCGGCAUCACGCUGCUCGUCUCCCUGACCGGCCGCGGCGCCGUCGGCCUCCUCGACGAGUGCGACGAUGCGCUGGAGGAGCCCGACACGGCGGAGAGCAUCGCGGCGGCCGACGCGGGCUGGUCGGCGGCGCAGGCCGAGGAGCUGGUGCGGCUCGUGGUCGGGCUGGCUCUCGUGAAGAAGAAGAAGCGGAUGCCGCUCGCGGAGGCCGCUGCCGCGGCUGGAGGCGCUCGUCGAACCGGCGGGAGAG